GAAAAUCUAUUUAUUGCGACCCCUUUCAUCGUCUUCCUCUCUCGGUUUCUGUGAAACGCUUGCGAAUUCUCCUGGAACAGAGAUUGGAGCAAGGACGAGGAUCGGAAUAAUUGCUGUUACCUCUAAUUGAACAAUGAAGCCCAGAUUAACAUCAGCUGCGAUUCUAUUUGCAUUGUUUCUCUUCGCCGUGGAAUCAAAAACCCUUGAUCCGUAUAAGGCGCUUGGGGUUGACAAAAAUACAAAUCAACGGGAUAUUAAGAAAGCUUUCCAUAAGCUUUCGCUGAAAUAUCAUCCUGAUAAGAACAAAGAUAAAGGGGCACAAGAGAAAUUUUCUGAGAUUAAUAACGCAUAUGAAAUUCUUUCUGAUGAGGAGAAGAGGAAGAACUAUGAUCUCUAUGGAAAUGAAAAGGGGGCUCCUGGAUUUGAUGCUGGAAGUGGUGGAGACUAUGGUGGAUAUACACACUUUGCAAGUGGUGGUCCGGGACAAAGUGGGUUCAAUUUCAAGCCUGGUGGUUGGCAAAAUAUGGGUGGACAAGGAGGCUCAAAAUCAUUUUCUUUUUCUUUUGGGGGAAGUCCUGGUAGUGGUUCUGGCUUAGAUGAUAUUUUUGCCAACUUUUUUGGAGGCGGCAUGGGAGGUGGAAUUAAUUAUGGCGGUUCUAGUAGACAGGAGAGAACUCAAUCUCAGUCUGGAACUAGUAGUACCAUAAAGAGUAUCCCAUCUAUAAAUUCAGCAACCUUCAGGAAAGAAAUAGCUGAGAAGGGCAUUACCGGGCUCUUUCUAUCGUAUACAUCAAAUGUAAAAGGUGUUGAACAUUAUGAAUCUGUCAUAGGUGAAGUUGCCCGCUCACUGCAAGGAGCAAUAAAGGUAGGAAAGAUAAAUUGUGUUACUGAGUCAUCUCUUUGCAAGGAGUUCGGCUUACAUCCACGCAGUGCACCUAGGCUGUUUGUAUAUUCGUUUAAAUCAAUUGACAGUGGUUCCAUGCUUGAGUACCUUGGUGACUUGGAUGUUAGAAGUGUGAAAAUUUUCUGCCAGGAGCAUCUUCCUAGAUUAUCAAAACGUGUCAACAUAAAUCACUUUGAUAUUGCUUCUGGUGGUGCUGGAGGUCUACCAAAAGUCAUGCUCCUGUCCACGAAAAAGGACACUCCAGUUAUCUGGAAGGCUCUUAGUGGCUUAUAUAGAAAAAGUUUCGUUUUCUAUGAUGCAGAGGUUCUUGAUGUGUCUGAUCCUGAUGCCAGAAGAUUAGGAGUCGAUGCUCUUCCAGCACUCGUUGGUUGGAUGUCAAAUGGGGAGAAACAUAUUUUGAAGACAGGGAUUGCUGUAAAAGACCUAAAAUCUGCCAUUCAAGAUUUAAGUGGUUUACUUGAGAACUUUGAGAAGAAGAACAAUAAGGCAGGGUCGGCACAAAAGGGAGGGUCUGAGUCUAAACAAAUCCCCCUUCUUACAGGAUCUAACGUUGACGAUAUUUGUGGAAAGAACUCUCCUGUCUGCAUAGUUGGCGUUUUCAGGUCCUCUAAAUCUAAGGAUAAGCUAGAAAAGAUUCUAUCAUCUGUCUCUCAAAAAUCACUAGUGAGAAGGCAGAGCACACCUUAUGGCAUGAGAGAAUCAGUUUCCUACGCGCUCCUAGAUGGUACCAAACAGGAGCAAUUCUUGAAGGCUUUCGACAAGUCAGGGUUUAAACAAGCAGACCGUCUCUUGCUUGCCUACAAACCAAGAAGAGGAAAGUUUGCUGUGUUUAAAGGCGAAGUGACUGAAGAGGAGGUAGAGAAGUUUAUCAGCAAUGUCAUAACUGGGGACACACAAUUUUCUCAGACAAAACAAAAACCAUCUGCUUGAUGAUUAUGCCACUCAGGUCAGUUCUUACAUGUAUACUCAAACGCAAUCGAGUUGCGAUGAGCUCAUGCGUCUGAAAGCCUGAGCAGGGCUGGUCAAAGGUGCCAUUGUCGGGGACAGUUUGGGUAAAUUGGGAGAGAGCAGAAGGGUAACUGUUGGCGGUAAUUUAUGCGAAGCAUUUUACUCACAAUGGCAAAAAGAAAAAUCAUAUACUACAAUGCUUAGCUGCUUCUGUUGCUUGCUGGUGUCUCUUUGUUAGUUUUGUUGUAGUGAUCAAUUGUUGUAAUAUUUGUUUGGCAUCAUCAUUAUUAUUUUUUGACAAACAAAUACUCGUACAUAAUACUCUGGAGUAGUUUUUUAAUAGGGG